AUGAAUAUUUUUAUGAGGCACCUCCUUGUAGCAGAGAUGGGCCAGGACCAAACCAAGCAGCAGGUAGAGAAAGGCUUAAAGCUGUACCAGGCCAAUCAGACUGACAAAGCCCUGCAUGUCUGGACCAAGGUGCUGGAGAAGACCUCAGACCCCGGGGGGAAGUUCAGAGUGCUGGGCUGUCUCAUCACCGCCCACUCUGAGAUGGGGAAGUAUAAAGAGAUGCUCAAGUAUGCCUUGGCCCAGAUAGACACAGCCAGGGAGAUGGAGGACCCAGACUACCUGACUGAGGGCUACCUGAACCUGGCUAGGAGCAACGAGAAGCUGUGUGACUUCCAGAAGACUGUGUCCUACUGUAAGACCUGCCUCAACAUGCAGGGAACCACUGUCAGUCUGCAACUUAACGGACAGGUGUGUCUGAGCAUGGGAAACGCGUUCCUGGGCGUCAGUGUGUUUCAGAAGGCUCUAGAGAGCUGGGAUGUCUGGGAGAAGGCCCUGCGCUACGCCCACAACAACGAUGACAAGAUGCUGGAGUCUAGAGUCUGCUGCAGCCUGGGGGAACUUCUGGACAUCCAGCUCAAGGACUAUGAGAAAGCCCUGUUCUUCCCGUGUAAAGCGGCUGAGCUGGUGAAUGACUACGGUAAAGGCUGGAGUCUGAAGUACAGGGCCAUGAGCCAGUACCACAUGUCUGUAGCCUACAGGAAACUGGACCGCCUGCCUGAUGCCAUGGAGUGCUGUGAGGAGUCCAUGAAGAUAGCCCUGCAGCACGGGGACCGACCUCUCCAGGCGCUGUGCUUACUGAACUUCGCUGAUAUCCAUCGCUGCCGGAAUGACGUUGAUAAAGCAUUGCCUCGUUAUGAGUCCUCCAUGUGUAUAAUGACAGAGAUUGGGAACCGUCUUGGCCAGACCCAGGUGUACCUGGGGGUAGGGAAGUGUUGGCUCCAGAAUAAAGAAUUGGACAAGGCUCUGGAUGCUCUGCAGCGAGCUCAGGAGUUGUCAGAAGCUUUAGGAACCAAGCUGUGUAGUCUAAAGGUGCACUGUCUCAGUGAGGGGAUCUACCGCAGUAAGGAGAGGCAGGAGGAGCUGAGGGAGCAGGUUGUGAAGUUCCUGCAGUGUGUGGAGGAGCUGGAGCUGUACUGUGGAAUGUGUGGCGAGUCCAUAGGAGAGAAGAACCAACAGCUGCAGGCUCUGCCCUGCUCUCACAUCUUCCACCUCCAGUGUCUACAGAACAACGGUUCCAGGGGCUGCCCCAAAUGUCGUCGGUCCUCCAUGAAGCCUGGGUUUGUGUGA